CAGAGCCCCUGUACCACAGAAGAAGAACGGGCAGGGACUCACCGCCAACAUGUUGCCUCUCAGGGCAUUCCUUGCCUUUGAUUUGAAAGAAUAAGCCUUGUUACCUUGACAAGCGCUCACUCCGCUAACUCGUCUAAAGUAGAUGCGACACCAAAACAAUAUCCUGGUCCUGCAGAAUGUCCAAGAUCAGGCGGAAGGUGACAGUGGAGAAUUCAAAAACUAUAUCGGACAGCGGGAGCAGCAGCAGCACCACGACCAGCACCACCGCCAACCCCGCCGCCCCCUCUCGUCGGCCCAGCGUGUUUGAGAGACUCGGUCCCAGCACUGGGAGUAAUGCUGCUGAUAGUCACUGCAGAAAUUGGCUGAAGACCGGUACCUGCAGUUACGGCAACACUUGCCGCUACACACAUGGAACUCAGCCGCGGAGCAAAGGAUUCACCUUCAGCCGGACAGCCGAGAGGCCCACAGGUGAUCUGCGGGAGAGGAUGAAGAAUAAAAGACAGGAUGUCGACCCGGAAAACCUGAAGCGAGACCUAGACGAGCCCACAUCCCCCACAGUAAGACAGAGAGAUUCCUCUAGAGGGCGACACAGAGAGAAGGAAGACAUAAAGAUCACAAAGGAGCGAACCCCGGCCAGCGAAGAAGAGCCCGCAGAGUGGGAAGCUAACCGUGAAGAUUCUGAUAUCGGCGACUACGACUACGAGUUAUCCCUCGAGAUGAAGCGGCAGAAGAUUCAGCGAGAACUGUUGAAGCUGGAGCAGGAGAACCUGGACAAGAGGGACGACAUCGUCAUCAAGAAAGACGAGACCCCCAACAAAACCAGAGGCGCCGUCUUGCCGAAGGUAAGGAACGCACGGGGCGCGUCCUCGAAAGUCCGCCGCCACUCGCUCGUCGCCGCGCUUCAACCCGAUGUCUCCUCCGUCCCUCAGGUCUCCGGCGAGCUGUUAAGCUCCAAAGAUUCGCCCACGGCCAGGAAGACCGCCGCCUCCCCGAAACACAAGAGCGGAGCCAAAGGGGCAGGCUCUGGAAAGAAGGAGAAGAAGUCAUCAGUGGCCUUAGCUGUCUCAGAAACAACCAGAGCGACUAAAGCAGGGCACAGCAAGAAGAAGGGGCCCCGUACGCCGAGUCCCCCUCCGCCCGUCCCUCUGGACCUUCCUGUGGUCGGGAAGAAGCACAAAGGCAAACACAAAAACAAGGAGAAGACCGAGGAGAAGCUGAAGGAGGGCAAAGACCGGGGCAGAGACACGGAAAAACACAAAGAGAAGAAGGAGAAACGCAGGGAUCGCUCAGACAGUUCCCACAAGGCCAAGCGGUCGCUGGCGUCAGAGGAUCACUCGGGCAGCGCGUCUUCUCCAUCCAGGGACGCUUCGCCUCCAGUGAGGAAGAAGUCGGCCUCUCCCAAGGUUUCCUCCCAUAAAGCCUCCUCCCUGGCCUUCCCCUCUCAAAGGUCUCCUUCCCCGCUUCGCCACCAGCGCAGCCCCUCUCCUCCUCGUCAUCACUCCCCCUCCUCCCACUCGGGCUCCUCCGCCCACCGCCACUCCCCCUCCCCUCGGCGGCGCCGCUCGUCGUCCUCCAACUACCGGCGGAGCUCCGCGGCACAGGCCGCCGCCUCCUCGCCCCCGCACUCCCGCCGCUCCCGCUCGCCCCCCGCCUCCCACGACGCCUCCUCGCCGCACCGGCGCUCCAACAGGUCCAGCCCCGCCCGCCACCACUCCAGGGGCCGAGAGAGGAGCCGCGGGGAGCGGGAACGGACCCCGCCUCCCAGACACGACCACAGAGACGACAGCCGCAGCAAACGGGAGAAGGAGCGCGACGACUACGACUCCGAGGUCCUCUCCUCCCGGGACGAGCGGGAGGCCCGCGAGCGACGGGACGGCCGCGAGCGCGGGAGGGAGGCGACCCGCGACAGCCGGGACAGCAGGGAGGCGAAGGACUCCAGAGACGGCAAGGCGGAGACCCGCUCCAGCCGCGAGUCGCUGGAGCGCCGCGACCGCGAACGCGACAAGGAGCGGGGCCGGGAGAAGGAGCGGGAGAGGAGCGACGCCUACAGGAAGGAGGAGCCAGCCGCGGACGACAGGGCCUACGGAAGAGGUCACGGACGGGACGACGGAGGCCGGACGGACGGGAGGACGGAGAGCAAGUCGGACCGAGCCGAGAGGAACGGCAGAGGGAGGGGCCGCGCCGACGCCGCCUCAGAUAAAGGCUCCAACAGGAACUCCCGCAGCUCCCAGCUGGACAGCGGCUACGACAACUGGGAGUCGCGGAGCAGCGCGGCCCGAGACCGGAGCGCGGAUCGGAGCGCCGCCGACAGGACGUCCGAUCGCGACCGCUACGAGAGCGACAGAAGAGACCACGCCAGGGACUCCUCCUACGACAGGAGGGGAGGCCACGGAGAGCGGGAGCACAGAGACGCCCGAGAGAGAGGUUCUCCAAACAGAUAUCAGAGGCGGUCCGAGGAGUCUGAGAGGGACGAGCGGAGGACGGACCGAGGGGAGGACAGACGGGACGACCGGACCCGCGAGAGGGACCGGGAAAGAGACAGGGAGCGGGAGAGAGAGAAGGAGAAGGAGCGGGAGAGGGAAAGAGAGAAGGAGCGGGAGAGGGAGAGAGAGAAGGAGCGGGAGAAGGAGAGGGAGGCAGAGAGGGAGCGGGCCAGGGAGAGGGAAAGGGAACGGGAGCGAGAGAGGGAGCGGGAGAGAGAGAGGGAGAGGGAGGAACGGGAGCGCGAGAGGGAGCGAGAGGAGCGGGAGAGGGAGAGAGAGAGGGAAGAGAGGGAGAGGGAGAGGGAACGGAAGGAAAGGGAGAGAGAGAGGGAGCAGAGGGAGCGGGAGAGGCAGCGAGAGUGGGAGGAGCGAGAGAGAGGGAGGGAGGAGAGGCGGGAGAGGAGAGAUGACAGCAGGGAUGACCGGACGGUUCGAGACGAUCGCAAGAUGAGCCGUAAGAGGCUCCGGGUGGAGAGCAGUCCGAGCCCGCAGCCCUUGCCUAAGCGGACGGCGCGGGACUUCAGCCCGGCGGACAGCGACGGCUACAACAGCGGCGAGGACAAAAAUGGGGAUAAGCACCGCCUGCUUAGCCAAGUGGUGAGGCCCCAGGAUCGCUUGUCACGGUCGCCUCCUCGCACCGCAUCGAGCGAGAAAGGUGCUUACUGGAAAGAGGAGGACCGCAGGGGAGCCGGGGAGAAGCGGGAGGCACGCAGCCGCCAUGAUGAAGUGGAGUCACGUGCCGAUCGAGGCAGAGGAGGCGAGAGGCGUGGAGAAUACCUCCCGGACGUUCCCUCCGACUCUCGCAGCAGAGGCCGGGAGCAGCGGGAACCCACUCCCCCACCUCCCCCUGCGGCGCUCCCCGCCGGCAGCGAAGACAGAGACGCCGCCGGGUCCCAGACGCACGAGGAGGGCAAGAAGAAGACCAAGACGCAGAGGAAGGGUUUGAAAAAAGGCCGCAAGGACGAGGAGGUCGCCGGAGUCCCCGCUUUGGCCCCCGCAGCGGGGCGGUUCAACCCGGAGCCCCCGGGUAGCGCGCCUGCCGACGCGCCUCCGCCUCUGCUCUCGCCGAGAAAGGGAGCCAAGAAGAAGGGACACGAGCGCAAGAGGAAGAGGUCGUCAGGGGGGGAGUCGGACGUGUCUCAGGAGGAGGCGCCCGUCCAGCCGCCUCACAGUAAGAGGAAGAGAGGUCCCCGCACCCCGCCGCCCUCCAUGAGGCCGGAUCGCCACGGUGCUGCGGUGAACGCCGAGCGCUCCCCUCCUCCCAAAGCAAACAAUUUCAGCGACUGGUCCGACGAGGAGGAGGCGGAGCGAGGAGGUCCGGUGGACACGCAGCCUCCUCCGCCUCCCGUUGAGAGGACUCCGUCUGAGCCUCUCAGGAGAGCCGUUGGGCACCGGCUGGGCAGAGACAGGGGCAACGCCCCCCCCAUAGCCCCGCUCCUGUCCCCGGACCCCCCGAUGCUGCUUCAGACUCUGACGCCACAGCCGCUCAUGUCCCAGCCGCUCCUCCGGAAGCCCCCGCCGCAGGAGGUGCGCAGCGGCAGCAUGGGGAGCGCCCAGAGCCGGGUGUCGUCCCGCCGCCCGCGCUCCCCCUCCAACGACUCCGCCCACCUGGACGACCCCCAGGUGCCACGCCUGCGCCGCGGCCGGCUCCAGGGCUCCAACUCAAGAGACCGGGACCGAGAGAGGGAGCGGGAGAGGGAGAGAGACCUGGAGCGGGAGAGGGCGAUGCUGGGCGAGCCUCCCGGCGGCGAGAGGAAGUCCCGCAUCGAUCAGCUGCGGAGAGGAGAGCCCAGCCGCAGCACGUCGUCAGACCGCCAAGACUCGCGCAGCCACAGCUCCAGACGCAGCUCCCCGGAUUCAGAGAGGCAGGGCAGGUCCAGGUCGCGGGCCGGCUCCUACGACAGCCGGGAGCGGGAGAGGGACAGGGAGCCGUUCGAGCGGGAGAGGGAGCGGGAUCGCAAGGACUUCCGCCCCCAGCCGAGCCAGCAGCCGCCGCCGCUGCACCUCCAGCAGCCCGUGCAGCCGCAGCGAGACUGGGAGCCGGAGCCCAGGGACUGGCCCGGCAGGGGGCGGGACCCCAUCCUCAUGCGUCCUGGCCGGGAGCCGCUCCUGAGAGGCGAGAGGGACAUGAGGGAGCGGGAGCGCCUGCUGCCGGAGGGGCUCAUCCAGCAGCACGAGCGGGAGCGAGACAGGGAGCGGGACAGGGAGCGAGGCGCCGAUCGAGACAGGGGACUCCUGGACCCGCCCGCGCACGGCGACCCGAGAGCGCCGGGGCGCGGCGACGCGAGAGGAGACGCGCGGGGCGACCUGCUGAGGCAGGACAGGGGCGACUUUGAGCCUCUGCUCCCGAGAGAAGCCUUCAGCCCUCCUGAAGCAGAGAAACCAGGCAACGCUCAUCAUGUGGCUGGAGAGCAGCGUGAGCUGGAGAAGACCGAAAGCAUCGACGAGGAGGAUGAUGGGAAAGAUGAGGAGCAGUCGGUGGCGUCUGUCGGCGAGGAGUACGAGCCCAUCAGCGACGACGAGCUGGAUGAGAUUCUGGCCGACAGUCAGAAGAAGGAGGACCAGCAGGAGGAUGAGAAAACUACAGGCCCCCUGGACGUGAUCGACGUGGACUGGUCCAGCUUGAUGCCCAAGCAGAAGCAGGAGCCCCGUGCGGCGGGGGCAGCUCUGCUGCGCUUCACCCCAGGCGCCGUGCUGCUGAGGGCGGGCAUUUCCAAGCGCCUCGCAGGCCCUGAGCUCCUGGAGCAAGUCAAGGAGGUGUGCAAGUCGGAGCUGGACGAUCCCAAAGAUGCUGAUAAGCUCUUUGAGCAUGACCUUGGGGCCCUAAACAUGGCCGCCCUGAACAGGCGGGUGGAGAGGGCCGGCUUACUGAGCAACCUCGGCCCCUGCUGUAAGGCGCUGUGUGCCCGCCGGGACUUUGCCAUUCGCCGGCAGCUGUUAAAGAACGAAAAAGGUCAAACCAAGCAGGAGCCCACUACGCCGGUGGUAGACAACGAGCUGCUCCAGAUGAGCAUCCGUCUCUUCAGAAGGACCAUGGCCGGCCAGGCCUCGGCCCCGGAGAGCUCUGAGAGCGGGCCGGCACCAGCAGCGGACGUUGCAGACGCUGGUAUUAGCAAGCUGAGCACAGCCCAGCCAGAGGUGUGCGUGUCCUGAAAGCGCUCGCCGCAUCGUUGUUCUCCAUCACUUUUGCAUAGGAGCCCUUUUAGUCCUGAAGAGAGGGAGUCCGACUAAAUCUGGCACCACGUGUGAGUCUUAGUCAUGCUGGGGGGGGGAUGAAACGGUUGUUUUGGACCAUGUGAAAGUGCUCUAGGAUCAGCUGUCGGACAUUUGAGCUCAUGGAGGUGUACUUUGUAUUAGACGUUUCUGUGCAGUGUUUUAAAAAUGAUUUUGUUUUUUAAUUUACAGGUCUCCCUCACUAAUCACCUUCAGAUUCCUAGUUUUUUGGGUUUUUUUGUAAGUUGUGCAUUGGUUGCUAUAAAUGUGCAUUAAAAUGCUUAGAUCUGCGUUAUUUUUCCUCCGGCUUCUUCGCUUUGUACAAAACUGACUGUCGGGCUAUGAAAAUAAGGAACAUUUCAUGUAUUUGCUCCUGCCAUCCACACACCAUCCCGCAUGUCCAAGGAGCAAAUCUGUUGACCGUUAAAAAAAAAAGAAAAAUCCACAUCAUCAACACAUCCUGCAGAGACUUGAAUGAACUCGUUAAAAAAAAGCACUGCCAAACUAUUCCUAAAGAGGUUGCAGUUUGUUUUCAGCCGUGUAUAAACAGUAUAAAGGAAGUGAAUGGCUUGGCAGUGACUCCCCUGACAUGAACUGAAGAGAGUGCAGAGCACUAGCAGGCGAACCGCUGCCACGUUGAGGUUCCUGCUCAGCCCACAGAGAAAGGAAAGGCAGAACGUUCGCCUAUAGGAAAGAGAGCACGCUGCUUAGAGAAUAAACAAUGGCCGCCCCUUCUGUCACUCCCGGGACACCGUACCUGCAGAAUACAGAGUGACUUCACCCUCGGGACGGCCAGCAUCAUGAAGGCAAGGACACAUCUGGCUCUGAUGAGGGUGGCUGCACACAUGAACGCUAGAAAACAUUUUUUUUUUUUUUUUUUUUCUUGUGCAAAGUUAAUUUCAAAGUGUACAAGUAAUGAUAUCUGGUGUGGUGCUGAAUCUUUUUUCUAUUGUAAAAUAAAUGUAGAACAACUUCCU